AUGCCGGUGGUGGUUUCUCUGGCUAAGGUUGCUGCUUCUCCGGCUGGAGAUUUCACCGUUCGCGUUUCCUUCGGGCGUCGGAGCUGUGCAACGGCUCCUACCCAAUCGCGUUUCCUUCGGGCGUCGGAGCUGUAUUUAUCGUUGGAUAAUUCAGUGGAGAAUGGUCACCUUCCCAAGCGAGAUUCGUUUGCUGUAAAAGCUGCUUCCUUUUCUGCUGAGGCUGAUGGGUCCAGAGACGAAGCAGUAAGGAGGAAGAAGCUUGCUGUGUUUGUGUCCGGAGGUGGUUCCAAUUUCAAGAAGAUCCAUCAGGGAUGCAUUAGUGGAGAUGGUUCAGUUAAUGGACAUGUUGUUUUGUUGGUAACUAACAACAAAGAUUGUGGAGGCGCUGAGUAUGCAAGGAGUAAUGGGAUUCCUGUUUUACUAUUCCCAAAACCUCAACCACAAUCAUCUCAUGGACUCUCUCCAACACAGCUUGUGGAUGUUCUUAGGGAGUAUGGUGUGGACUUUGUUCUGCUUGCUGGUUAUUUGAAGCUUAUACCGGUGGAGCUGGUCAAAGCUUUUCCCAAACGGAUUUUGAAUAUACAUCCUGCUUUACUUCCAGCUUUUGGAGGUAAAGGGCUUUAUGGUAUGAGAGUGCAUAAAGCUGCUCUAGCCUCUGGAGCUAGGUAUUCAGGUCCAACCAUUCACUUUGUGGAUGAAGAGUAUGACACAGGCCGGAUACUUGCUCAAAGUGCAGUCCGUGUGGUGGCUAAUGAUACACCAGAGGAGUUGGCUAAAAGGGUUCUUGAUGAGGAACACAAACUGUAUGUGGAGGUGGUUACUGCCAUUUGUGAAGAGCGGAUUAAAUGGAGAGAAGAUGGUGUCCCUCUCAUUCAAAGCAAAGAUAACCCUCAUGUGUUUUAUUAG